AUGAUCAAUAAUGAGAGUAAAUUAAUGAAUCCUAAUUAUAAAUAUCAUCAUAAUAUUUAUUUAAGUAAACAUAUAAAUGAUUCAUGUGAUGAUGUGAAAAAAUGGUGGCGUAGUCAACUUUAUCCAAAUUUACAAGGACAACAACAACAACAACAACAACAACAACAUCAAAGUAAACAAGCACGGAUACAAUCAAAUAUUCACCAUAGUAAUACUCUUAAUUCUACUAAUACUUCUACUCUUACACCUCCUCCUCCUCCUCCUCCUCCUUCUCUUCCUUAUUCAACAACAGUAAUGGAUGAAGAAAUUAUUUCAAUACUAAAUAGUCCUAAAAAGAAACAACAAAGAGGACAUAAAAAUCAGCCUAGAAUUAUAUCAUCAUUAGCUAGUAAACGACGUUCAGGUGUAGCUGCUGUAAUUUCACGUCGUCCAUAUCAUCAAUCAAGAGUAAAUAAUCUAUAUGAUGCUACUAUUGAUGAAUAUACAAAUGAUUAUAUUGCUAAUAAUAAUAGUAAUAGUACUACUAGCCAUAGUAACAAUAAUACUAAUCGUACUGUUACAAAUAUAACUAAUCGUAUUGACAUCAAAGGAAGUCAUUUAUUACAGAAACAUGUUUAA